GAGAGAGAGAGAGCGCGAGAGAGAGAGAGCGCGAGAGAGAGAGCGCGAGAGAGAGAGCGCGAGAGAGAGAGCGCGAGAGAGAGAGCGCGAGAGAGAGAGCGCGAGAGAGAGAGAGCGCGAGAGAGAGAGAGCGCGAGAGAGAGAGAGCGCGAGAGAGAGAGAGCGCGAGAGAGAGAGAGCGCGAGAGAGAGAGAGCGCGAGAGAGAGAGAGCGCGAGAGAGAGAGCGCGAGAGAGAGAGCGCGAGAGAGAGAGCGCGAGAGAGAGAGAGCGCGAGAGAGAGAGAGCGCGAGAGAGAGAGAGCGCGAGAGAGAGAGAGCGCGAGAGAGAGAGAGCGCGAGAGAGAGCGCGCGAGAGAGAGCGCGCGAGAGAGAGCGCGAGAGAGAGCGCGCGAGAGAGAGCGCGCGAGAGAGCGCGCGAGAGAGAGCGCGCGAGAGAGAGCGCGCGAGCGAGAGAGCGCGAGAGAGAGAGCGCGAGAGAGAGAGCGCGAGAGAGAGAGCGAGAGAGAGAGAGCGCGAGAGAGAGAGCGCGAGAGAGAGAGCGCGAGAGAGAGAGCGCGAGAGAGAGAGCGCGAGAGAGAGAGCGCGAGAGAGAGAGCGCGAGAGAGAGAGCGCGAGAGAGAGAGCGCGAGAGAGAGAGCGCGCGAGAGAGCGCGCGAGAGAGCGCGCGAGAGAGCGCCCGCAGGUUUCCCCGACUGUGACUGGACCUUCGCCCGGUUAGACUUCCGCGCACAUCGAACGAGCGGUCAAACGGGGAGGCUGCUGCAACUGGGUCGUCCUAAUGUGGCACAGGGCUGA